AUGGCCUUUUCACAAUGUGCGGUCCCACAGGACAUCAAAGGCCAGUGUUGGACAGACGAGGAGUCGGACGGGGAGAACGAGUCCGAACAGUUCCUGUAUGGCAUUCAGGGGAGCUGCGCUGCUGACCUGUACCGCCACCCUCAACUGGAUGCAGAUAUUGAGGCAGUAAAAGACAUCUACACUGACAGUGCUGUCUCUGUUAGGGAGUAUGGAACCAUUGAUGACGUGGACAUCGAUCUUCAUAUUAACAUCGGUUUUUUAGAUGAGGAGGUUGCGACAGCUUGGAAAGUUAUCAGAACAGAGCCCAUUAUUCUGAGACUGCGCUUUUCUCUUUCUCAGUACCUCGAUGGACCUGAGCCGUCAGUAGAAGUGUUCCAGCCCUCCAAUAAAGAAAGCUUUAGCCUGGGCCUGCAGCUCAAAAAGAUCCUGAGCACGUUCACCUCACAGCAGUGGAAGCACCUCAGUAAUGAGUUCCUCAAGGCCCAGCAGGAGAAGAGGCACAGCUGGUUCAAAGCCGGAGGAACCAUCAAGAAGUUCCGAGCCGGACUCAGCAUCUUCUCCCCCAUACCCAAGUCUCCGAGUUUUCCUUUGAUCCAAGACACAGUUUUAAAAGGGAAGCUGAGCGUCCCUGAGCUGAGAGUGACCCGCCUGAUGAACCGCUCUAUCUCAUGUACCAUGAAGAACCCCAAAGGGGAGCUCUUCAGCUAUCCACCAAACAGCCAGGUCAGUGCCAGUCUGGACAAAUCAGCACGCCCGCAUCUCUCAGAUUUGGAGUCAGAUACCUCUCAGUUUAUAUUUGAAUUUGCUGCAUUAACAAUGUUUCACUGUCCCCCCACCUAUUUGUCUUUAACGUGUCUCACUCACACAUGUCAAGUGGUCAUAGGGUUUUUGUUCUCCGAACAGAUAAUGAAGUACUCGGAGCAGAGGAUCCCCACACUCAACGAGUACUGUGUGGUGUGUGACGAACAGCACGUCUUUCAGAACGGAUCCAUGCUGAAGCCGGCUGUGUGCACCAGGGAGCUGUGUGUGUUCUCCUUCUACACUCUGGGUGUGAUGUCCGGAGCUGCAGAGGAAGUGGCCACCGGAGCAGAGGUAGUGGACCUACUUGUGGCUAUGUGUCGAGCUGCUCUCGAGUCUCCCCGUAAGAGCAUCAUCUUUGAGCCGUACCCAUCAGUUGUUGACCCCAACGACCCCAAGACUCUGGCCUUCAACCCAAAGAAGAAGAAUUAUGAGAGACUGCAGAAAGCAUUGGACAGCGUCAUGUCCAUUCGAGAAAUGACCCAGGGCUCAUAUCUAGAGAUCAAGAAACAGAUGGACAAACUUGACCCUUUGGCCCAUCCCCUGCUACAGUGGAUUAUUUCCAGUAACAGGUCUCAUAUCGUCAAGCUGCCUCUGAGUAGGCAACUGAAAUUCAUGCACACCUCCCACCAGUUCCUGCUGCUCAGCAGCCCCCCGGCAAAGGAGGCUCGUUUUCGCACUGCCAAGAAGCUAUAUGGCAGCACCUUCGCCUUCCAUGGUUCCCAUAUAGAGAACUGGCACUCUGUUCUGAGAAAUGGACUAGUCAAUGCCUCUUAUACCAAACUGCAGCUGCAUGGGGCAGCGUAUGGAAAGGGGAUCUAUCUGAGCCCCAUCUCCAGCAUAUCUUUUGGAUACUCAGGAAUGGGGAAAGGACAGCACCGCAUGCCCACCAAAGAUGAACUGGUGCAGCGUUACAACCGCAUGAAUACCAUACCACAGAGCCGUCCAAUACAAUCAAGGUUUCUUCAGAGUCGAAAUCUCAACUGCAUCGCUCUGUGUGAAGUUAUCACAUCUAAGGAUCUGCAGAAACAUGGUAACAUCUGGGUGUGUCCAGUGUCUGACCACGUCUGUACUCGCUUCUUUUUUGUGUACGAGGAUGGUCAAGUAGGAGAUGCCAAUAUCAACACCCAGGAGCCUAAGGUGCAGAAGGAGAUCAUGCGUGUGAUUGGGACCCAGAUCUACUCCAGCUAAUGGCGGUUCUCCAUACGUCUCUCUGGCGGAGGCACACAGGCAGGCAGACAGCGAAUGUUUGGGCGGGGCCGACCUCAGGCCCGAUAUGGAAGGCUGAGGGAGCUCUUGAGCACAUUAAGUCGUUUUGUUCUUGUCCUCUCAUUUUCCUCUCCCUUCUUUGUUCCUCUUCUCCGAGUGGUUACACAUUACAUGUUCAUUUAACCUUCAGUUAAAGUCAGUCUGCUUUUCUCAGUUAACACACCGAUGAAGAAAAAAAAAAAAGGAAGUAGUCACUGGUUUGGCUCCACGCACACACGCACACACACACGCACACACACACACACACACACACACACACACACACACACACACACACACACACACACACACACACACACACACACACACUUUUAAACCAUUGGUCGACUGGGCUUUCUCCUUUCUUGCUGCACUUUUACUGAUCCUCUGGACUAAUGAUCUCUAUUUAUCAUUUCUCUUUGUGAAUAUCGAGUAAAAAAGAAAGAAAAAAAAAAGAAUCAUUUCAAACGAUUAAUUAGAUCCCUUUGUGGCAAAUAAGUGUUGGAUUUACAUACCGCACACAUAGAAGUUUGUUCUCUUAUUGUGUUUGCAAAGGCAUUAUUUUCCAUCCGUUUAUUUAAUAUUUUUUGACUAAUGACCUGAAUUAGGUCUGUGACAUGGUUAUCUGAGGGGCAAGCACUGCUCUGUCACUUUGUCCUUGUUCGCUCCCAGAGUCCAAUAAGCGAGGUGUGGCUUGAACACAUACACUAUAGGCACUUUGUUUUUGAUAACAUUAUCAAAUUUAAUAAAAACAGAAUAGUUUUUUUUUGUUUUUUUUUCAUUACAGAAUUAAGAUGGUUCUCAUUUAUAAUGCACCUUCAAACCCUCACAGCCCCCAAAUGUCAAACAAACAGGAAUUCAAAACGAAAAUGAAUACUUUUAUCUUACUGGAUGAAAGUGACAAAAAUACAAACAAACAGUGGAUUUAGUCUGUGGACAUGUUAUAUAUGUUAUCUUAUGUUCUGUGUUCAAUAAUCUACCACAAUAUGUCAUCACUUUUUCUUUAAGUGGUGGAUAUCUCAUUUCAAAAUGAAUCUCUCUAUGUAUGAACUACUCUUCCCAUUGAAUUCACAACUUAUAAAAAUCCACUGUACAGAAAAUCAUGGACAGUUUUACCCAACUAUCAACUGACGCUUUCCAGUCCAGGUGAGCUCACAUCCUCCCAUCCCCCUACCUGAUGGACACUGGAUGUUAUAGAUCGGCAUUAAUGUGCAACUCUGGUUUCACCUUGGAGAAUGGCAACCUUGUAUAGCUAAUCAAGUUUAUCAGUUAGUCAUGUACUGUAUGUACUGUAUGUAUGUAUGUACGUGUGGGUUUGUAUUUUCUUGACAUUAUACUAGACAUUGCACUUAUUCAACGUUUGCCUAAACUGGAGAAAUGGACCGUCCUCGGACCUCCAGUUGACGGGUUGUGGAGGAAAGGUGGUGAAAAAAGUAUUUAUGGAGUCAGCAAGACUAGAAUAUCCAACACCAUGUCUGUACUGAGAUGGGCUUUCACUGUCUCCUGGAACUUAAGAUUCUGACUACUGAAUGGACUUUGAGGCACAAAAGAGGGCAACUUGUAAAUAAGGACAUUGGAGACCUCGUUGAAAUGUAUUGCCCAAAAAAGGAGUGGACAUGUAGAGCUUACUCAUUGUGUUAGGGGGACUGUGCUAAUAGCUGAUGCCUGUUUUUUGCCAAGAGGUUUAAGCUACGAGUCUCUUUGAGAAUCUAUUCUCUGGCUGCGUGUCUCUGGUGAGUAAUGUUUUCAAAGUUGGCGUUGACGACAUUGAUGGUGAUUAUGACAAUGGUGAUGAAAGGCGACGAUGCAGGAAAAAAAGAAUAAAGCCUCAUUUUGCACAGUUUUA